CAAGACCAAGGCAGUGGGCACCCGUUAUAUAAUGCAUGACAAUAUGAGGCAGUCCCACACAGCAGAGAGAAAAGACUGCAUUAACUCAGAGAAGAGCUUCAGGAAAUAAUAAAAAAAUCUGGAUUAAUCAUAAUGAAGACCUUCCAUCUUCCCACAGUAAACCUUUGGAAGACAAGUAAAGAUGAAGUAGAAGCAAGCAACAAUGACUCCGUAUGCACUACCAUGUUUGAACAGCAAUCUAAGUCCAUCAGUGGAGGCUCAGCACAGGAGAAACCCAAAAAUAAGCUAAAACUUCCAAAAAUAUUACACAAAAAUAAAACCAAACCCCCCAAAAAAACUGACACAGUGGACACUCCAGAAAACUUGGAUUUCAACCAGAAUGUAGCACAGAAUCAUUUGGCAAAAGCUUCCCAGCAACUUUUAGCACAGGAAGAGCACCUCUUCAGGCCAAAAUCAUCAGAUAAGGAAGGGAUUUGCAUUGAGGAUGAAGAGGACGGUUUGCAGAAGGACUAUGAAACUUUGAUGCUUCAUCUAAGGAUGGCUGUCCAUGAUUCCUUCAACAAGGAGAAUCAGGAGAAACUGAGGAGUGCUGUGCAGGCUAUAUGUCAGCAAGAGGAACAAGACAGGCAGUGGGAGAAAAAAGAAGAAGAGAAGCAUCCAUGUUGGAGGCCCCUAAAAUGCAGAGAGAUCCAUGAUGCUUUGCUCAAGGAGGUAGUGCAGGUACGGCUGCUUCAAACAAAUGAAGAAGAGAAUGGGGCAGACAAGCUGUCCACCUCCCUGAAGAGAGAAGUGUGUCGGAUGGGCCAGCGCAUUCAAAAGGACCUGCUCCAUGUUGCCAGAGAUGUGCAGCCAUGCUACACAUCAGAUUUCGACAUUUUCAACAUGUAUGUUCAGCUGUACCAUCAAGCUUUCUCCACAAAACUGCUGGAGUUUGCUCGAACCAACCUUGAAUUACAAGAUUGCAUCUACAUACUAUGUUGGAUUCAUGGUUAUUAUCCAAAGAAUAUUUUGCAACAGGAUGAUCUGGUGCCACACAUCAACACUGAAUCAUUAGGAGCUUUGUUACCUGAGGAAUAUCGUAAGUCACUGGAGGAGCAGUAUCUGUCACACAAAGAGGUGGAGGUCAGGACAUGGUUGUCCAAUGCUCUUAAAAAAGAGGAGGAAAUUUGGCAGACGAGUAAUAAACCUGAGCUCAUUGAUGGGUGCUACUUCUCUAAUCUUGCUUUGGAUGUUAUACCGAUUAUUGAUGGAGCCGUGAAAGAAACUAUGGAUAUUCUGGGUAACAGAGAUAAUGCUCAGAGAAUUCUGCUUCAGCUGGACAGUUUCCUAAUGAGCUAUAAGAAAUCCAUAAUUGAACUUAUCAAAGGAAAGCACACCACUAUCCCUGACAUCCUGAAAGCCAAUAUGGUUAGCAUCAAGCAGUUACGGGAGUAUAUCGAAAAACACAAGGAUCUAUCAGAUGAAGUGAAAGAAGCCUUGCUGUCCAUUAUAUCAGAGAUGAGAGACUCCUGUCACAGUUAUUUCCUCAACCCCAUACACAAGGAGCUCAAGGUGCAGUAUCGUAAGCUGUGGACUCCAGCCUGGUUUUCAGAAAGUCAUACGAUUAUUGGAGAUCUACUAAGGAUUGUGGACGAAAUGGUCCGGCCUUUCUCAGAUAUACAGUCUGCCUGCAUGAAGGAACUGUUCAGUCAGCUGCAUUCUGAGGUGAUGAUUGAAUAUGUGAAGAGGAUGUUAAAGGGGAAACUGAAACUAAAAGACAAGGAUGACCAGGAGGCAGCUGCAAGCUUUCUGUGUGAAGACAAUGUGAGAAUAAACUCACUGUUCAUCACAAUUGGAUCUGAAGAAAAAUGGCUUUCCAUUAUUUUAACCAAAUUGUCAGAUGUGUUGAGGCUGCAGGACCCAGGAGCACUUCAGCUUGAGAUAGUUACACUGGCCAGAACCUACCCUGACAUCAGUGAAUGCCAAGUCCUUGCACUCCUGAACUUGAAGGCAAAUGUCUCCAAAGCAGAUGUGCGCAACAUCAAAAAGAGCCUGACUGAGAAUAGGGAUUCACUGAACGCUGGGCCGACAACAGCUUUCUUCUGUAAAGUGCCAGUAAAAAGGAAGUUAAUGGCUAUGUUUUCUCAGUAAAGUAUAAUCAGUUCACUGUAACUUCAGAAGUUACUAAUGCAAAGCAGUGUUAUUGGUAAUUAUCAACUAUUAAACCGGCUUUAAUAUGUGGGGUCAUUAUUUAUAUGCCAGCCUCACUAUCCUAGUUAAGAGAAACAUGUUUACAUUAUGUAAUCAUAUAACAUUUCAUGUCUGCUGUUAUGUAAGAAACUGUAAAUAGUGACACUAGGGAUUGUGUGUCUCAUGUGAAUGGUUUGUUGAGUAUGAAAAUGGUGUAAGUCAUAUGCAUUCGCAGUCACCAGAUUUCAAACCAACUGAACACCUAUGAAAGAUUGUGGAGUGUUAGACAGCACUUUUCACCACAAACACCAGUUAAGGGAAUAUUUUUGUUAAAAUGUGUGUGUGUAGUGAAAAUAGCGAGGGAACGACCCUAUGGGCAACCUCUAUUCAGAUAUUCUUUAUGCAUUUAGUGUUUUUAAUGUACUGUGUGGCCACAUUUAAAGUGCAGAUAAGAUGCAUCAGGCUUGAUAGGUAGCCUUGUUAUAAGUAAUCAGUCCAAAAGUUCAUUUGUUUGAUGUAUGCAUUUAUGUAUUUACAUUCAGUAUUUUCAUGAAUUAAAGUUUCCUUCUUUUUA